CGUUAAUUGGCAUAUUCCCUUCUAAUUCUUGGAGAGAUGCUUCCUGGGCGGUCUCUUCAGCUGCCUUCGAUACACAAACAAACAGACCAGAAACUGAUGGCAAGAAGAUAACAAAACAGAAGUCAGCUUGAUCCUUAAUACCAAUUGUACCCUUCCUGUCGUAACAAUACUUUUCCCAUAAGAGGGAUAAAAUAGUCACUGCACCUAUUCUAUUUCCGUUCGUCCAUGAACAAUCUGUUCCCUUCCUCUCUCUCUCUACCGAUCGAUCUUAACGUAAGGCAAGCACAAGCACAGAAGGAAGAAUCACACUCUCAGCCGCCAUAUUUGCCAGUGCCUUUCUCGCUCAUUCGGUUCGACCAGAGAUGAAAGAAAGUAAAGAUGGAAUCAAGAACGAUAGAAUUGUUAACUCUAUGCCACUCAUUCUUGACUCUGAUGACUUUAAGGGGGAUUUUUCCUUUGAUGCUUUGUUUGGAAACUUGGUGAAUGAGCUUCUUCCAUCAUUCCAAGAUGAAGAAAAUGAUUCACCUGAAGGGCAUAGCAGCAGCAUCAGCGGAAAUGAUGCUUUCCCGAAUGGACAUUUGCGUGGUGAUGCUGCAAAGUCGAAUGCCCCUUUAUUUCCAGAGGUCGAUAAGCUCUUGGCUCUGUUCAAGGAUUCUUAUAAGGAGCUGAUUGAUCUUCGAAAGCAGAUCGAUGGAAGACUCUACAAUCUCAAGAAGGAGGUUUCUGUCCAAGAUUCUAAGCACUGCAAGACACUUGGUCAGCUAGAAAAAGGUGUAGAUGGCUUGUUUGAGAGCUUUGCAAGGUUGGAUUCACGUAUUUCAAGUGUUGGACAGACUGCUGCAAAGAUUGGAGACCAUUUGCAGAGUGCAGAUGCUCAGAGAGAAAAUGCUAGUCAAACAAUAGAGCUCAUAAAGUACUUGAUGGAGUUUAAUGGCAGCCCAGGAGAUCUAAUGGAACUUUCUCCUCUUUUUUCUGAUGACAGCCGUGUUGCUGAGGCUGCUUCAAUUGCACAAAAAUUGCGAUCAUUUGCUGAGGAGGAUAUUGGAAGACAAGCGCUAGGCAUACCGUCAGUCAUGGGAAAUGCAACUGCCAGCAGAGGAUUAGAAGUUGCGGUUGCUAACCUGCAGGAUUAUUGUAAUGAACUGGAGAACAGAUUGCUGGCUCGGUUUGAUGCAGCAUUGCAGAAAAGAGAAUUGUCUACGAUGUCAGAAUGUGCUAAAAUCUUAUCUCAGUUUAAUAGGGGAACAAGUGCCAUGCAACACUACGUGGCAACACGUUCUAUGUUUAUUGAUGUGGAAGUAAUGAAUGCAGACACGAGGUUGGUACUUGGGGACCAGGGUGCACAAGCUAGUCCUAGCAAUGUUGCCCGUGGGCUGUCUUUGCUCUACAAAGAAAUUACAGAUACCGUGCGUAAAGAAGCAGCAACGAUUAUGGCUGUAUUCCCUUCUCCUAGUGAAGUCAUGUCAAUUCUUGUUCAGCGAGUUUUGGAGCAGCGAGUGUCAGCUCUCCUGGACAAAUUAUUAGUGAAGCCAUCUCUUGUGAAUCUGCCUCCUAUGGAAGAGGGUGGACUCCUAUUAUAUCUUAGAAUGCUAGCAGUGGCAUAUGAGAAGACACAAGAACUUGCCAGAGACCUGCGAACUGUGGGAUGUGGUGACUUAGAUGUUGAGGGGCUCACAGAGUCUUUGUUUUCUGCUCACAAGGAUGAAUAUCCUGAACAUGAGCAGGCCUCUCUCAAACAACUAUAUCAAGCAAAGUUGGAGGAAUUGCGUGCUGAGAGCCAGCAGAUCUCUGAGUCAACUGGGACAAUUGGGCGCUCAAAAGGAGCUUCAGUGGCAUCUUCUCGCCUGCAAAUAUCUGUCUCUGUUGUCACAGAGUUUGUGCACUGGAAUGAAGAGUCACUAUCCAGAUGCACAUUAUUUUCAUCUCGGCCUACUACACUGGCAACCAAUGUAAAAGCGGUUUUCACUUGCCUACUUGACCAAGUUAGUCAAUACAUAACGGAAGGGCUUGAACGCGCUAGAGAAAGCCUGACUGAAGCUGCUAAUUUGAGGGAAAGGUUUAGCGUUAGUAGAAGGGUGGCUGCUGCAGCUGCAUCUGCUGCAGAAGCUGCUGCUGAAAGCAGUUUCAGAUCUUUCAUGGUUUCUGUACAACGUUGUGGUAGUAGUGUGGCCAUAGUUCAGCAAUAUUUUGCAAAUUCUAUUUCUCGGCUUUUGCUCCCCAUAGAUGGUGCACAUGCUGCUUCAUGUGACGAAAUGGCUACCGCUAUGUCCAGUGCAGAGACUGCUGCUUAUAAAGGGCUUCAACAAUGUAUCGAAACUGUGAUGGCUGAGGUAGAGCGAUUGCUUUCAGCUGAACAAAAGGCUACAGAUUAUCGGUCACCUGAUGAUGGAACUGCUCCUGAUCAUCGAUCUACAAAUGCCUGCACAAGAGUGGUGGCAUAUCUUUCACGUGUACUUGAGUCUGCAUUCACUGCACUUGAAGGUCUCAACAAGCAAGCAUUCUUGAGUGAAUUGGGAAUCCGCUUGCACAAAGGGCUGCUUAAUCAUUGGCAGAAGUUCACUUUUAAUCCCAGUGGAGGACUGCGGUUGAAGCGUGACAUAACUGAGUAUGGGGAAUUUGUGCGCAGUUUCAAUGCUCCUUCUGUUGAUGAAAAAUUUGAAUUGUUGGGCAUCAUGGCUAAUGUCUUCAUUGUCGCUCCUGAAAGCCUCUCGACACUGUUUGAGGGUUCCCCCAGUAUACGAAAAGAUGCACAAAGGUUUAUCCAGCUUAGAGAAGACUACAAGAGUGCAAAACUUGCUGCCAGACUUAGUUCCUUGUGGCAAAGCUCUAGUUGAUACGGAAGUGGCAUGCUGAUUUAGCUAUGAACCCUAAAAAUCCUUGAAUAGUUCAGAUCAUGCUGCUACUAGUAAACUACAUUGAGGGUACUAACUUCUCUCUCAAGUUGCAUUGAUUCGGUGGCAGAAGACCGAGUUCAAGAACCAGUUGAAGAUAAACUAGUGACAUGGAUAGUGACCCCAUCUCGGACAGAAAACAAUAGAAUUUUUGGCCCCCUUUCUUUUGGAGUGUAUAUUUUUUAAGGUAUGCAGAGAGGAAGACCAUUAUUAGCUUUGUAUUCUUCAAGGCUUCAGGUUACAUGCUAGGUCAUUCAUUGCUUGUGUGUGUUGACAAUUCGGAAAAGGAAAUUUCAUGUCAGGUGUGUGCCCUUGUAAAUGAUCCUUAGGGUAUUAUGAGUAAUGACAAAUUUUAGUUGAUUUUGAUGCUGC